AUUCCAAUAUGCCUAACAUCUUCAAUAUACCAUACUAUUGGCCAAGUCUGGUACUUCUGGUAUUGAACAAUGCUACACAUAAAUAGGCCUAGUGGGUUAUAGGAUGGGGGGGGGGUGAUAUUGAGCAGCAACAAUGUGAUGUUUACAGCUUCUCUUAUCGGUGUUAUUGGACCGAGAGUCGAGACAACUUUUUCGAAACUAACUCCAUUUCCGGAUCACACUCCUCAGUCACCCCGGGUCUUCGCCGCGGCCAGAAUCCAUGUUGUUKCUGUGUCUCUCCCACAGCGACGGAGCUAGUGAGCGGCCUUGUCCAAUAACCCUUCACGUUGCUGGGACCUGUGUGUCGAGAGUGUGUUUGUAUUCACCCCCCACCCCACCCCCCAAAAAUAAGAUGGCAGACUUUCGGGACGACACCGGAGCUCGAGCCCUACUGGCCUUGCAAUCUGCCCCGUGUAGCCCUGUUCGAGUCGGGGUGACCUCACCCGCAUACCCUCCCAAUUUCACCUUCUCGGGCUCUUCGGUCCUGAGCCGGGGCUGCGCAAUGCCUCCUCGCCUCGCGUCCCCUCCUCGGGCCCUGGCCAGGCUCGAAGGCCGGGACUUUGAUUUCGUCAUGCGGCAGCGGACAGUGACUGUAGGCCGUAACUCGUCGCACGGCUCCGUGGACAUAAACAUGGGUCACUCCAGCUUCAUCUCUCGGCGGCACCUCCAGAUCACCUUCGAGGAGCCGUGCGGGUUUUCGCUGCGCUGCCUCGGCAAGAACGGGGUAUUCGUGGACGGCGUGUUCCAAAGGAGAGGCGCGCCACCCCUGCAACUGCCCCGAGAAUGCGUGUUCAGGUUCCCCAGUACAGUGAUAAAAAUCCAGUUCACCUCUCUGCUGUCCGGGGAGGAGUUGAGAGAGGAGGAGCAGCGGUCUCCCCCGCCCCGCCUCACCCUCCUCCCCCACAUCUCCCCCCUCAAGAUCAGCAUUCCCACAAUGCACCAUGAUGACCUGCGACACCUGGUCAGCCCGCUGCCCUCUCCGACAGGGACCCUCAGGUGAGGACGCUCACACCAACACGUGCCUGAUCAC